UCAGUAGUUCACAAGCCGCGCCGGGCGACGCGCGCUCCUAUCACGGGUCUACUCCACGAUCCACGCCGCACUCAACACGAUAAAUCAUUUCGAACACUUCUCAUUUUAAAAUAUUCGUACGAUUUUUUUUUAAAUAAUCACCAGAAUUAAAUUUAAAAUUAUCGAACGUGUUAUAGUUCGCGCGGUGUCACGGCUGAUACACGUUUUUCACUAGAGUGAAUAAAUUAGCAGUCACCGGCUCCGCGAGAAAUUUCACUUUUUACCGGCAAACACCAUCUCACUAAUCUGCAAGACGCUGAAACGCGCCAAAAUGGACUUAUAAGUCAAAUUAUAAUGACAGUCCAUCAGAUCAGAAGACGAAUAAACACAUCCAACUACAAACACAAGAUGUAAAUUGGUUUAGACUUUCAGUGCAAGUGUUAGUGACAUUACAAAUAAUACGUGAACUCAUAAUGUGUAAUAGUGGAAUUCUGGUGCUCAGGACAAUGGAUAGGCGGUGUUUUAUAUUCAAACUGUUGGUCUUCCAACUCCUGGUGGCGUGGACCAGCGCGAUUUACGUGAGGCCUGAUGCGGUAAAGGUGGAGUACCCUGCCGAUUUCAAUAAGGAGGUCCAGGCGAGCAUAAGAGAAUUAUUACAUACUGGUAUCUACUCUCACCGUCACCUGGACCCAGCUCAAGUGCAGGUGGUGACGCCAGUGAAGGUGACCAGCGAUGGCCAGCUGGUCUCCCAUGCCGUGGAGCACGCUCACGAGCACGGCCACGCGCGAGCACGACGAGACUUGCACGCGAGGGAACACGAGCUUCACCCCGCUGUGCAUUACAACCUCACCAUAGACGGCCGUGAUCUCAGGCUGGACCUGCGGCCGUCGGUGACAUUUAUAACACCAGCGAUGUACGUGGAGCGACACACUGCGCACGGGCGGACGCGCGAGCCGCCGCGGUCGGCGGCGACAUCCUGCCACUACACUGGCGUCAUCCGCGGCCAGCCAGCCUCCAGCAUUGCACUGUCGGCCUGCGAUGGACUCGCUGGACAUUUACGCACAGAACACGGGGAAUACUGGAUUGAACCAUCUAAUCAAAUCUCGGAAGACGGCUCAGGCAGGCCCCAUGUAGUCUUCAAGAGAUCAGCCGUUGAUAAAGUUCAAGCGUAUCACAGAGCGAAGAGAGCUAUUGACAAUAGACAAAAUUAUAACGUUCCCAACAAUAGGCCUAUUUAUAAUACAAAUGCACAAACCUUGAGACGAAACGAUAAUACAAGAAGGCAUGUUCAAAAUAGAGAAUCAAUGGAACGACGGCGAAACAACUACAUGAGAAUAGAAGCAAGACGCAGGCGGUUAGAGGAAUUAAGAAAAAAUCCAACCCAAUACAGAAUACAUCACGACAAACUGCCGUUAGAGCAAAGGAGAAUGCAGUCAGCUUCAAGAAGCCAGUCGAGAGAAACCUCUGAACAGACUUCAGCUUCAGCUGGAAGGGGCAGAAGUAGACCCAGAUUGAGUAACGAGGAAAGAAUACGACGAAGAAACAGACGAAGGAAACAUAAGAGAUCGAAAAACUGCGCGACAAGGCAGCCUCCAUAUCGGUGGCGAAAAGAGAACUACAACCGAUACCACCAGCAAGCAAGUUCAACCAACGCCACGCGACGGUCCACUCGCUCGGUGAGCAAACCUCGCCACGUCGAGGUGUUGCUCGUCGCAGACCAGUCCAUGUCUGACUUCCACGAGAAAGAGCAGUUAGAAGGGUAUCUCCUCACAAUCAUGAACAUGGUAUCCUCACUGUAUAUGGACUCGUCUAUAGGCAACUACAUAAAAGUAGUGGUCGUGAAAAUAAUUCUCAUAGAAGAAUCAGGCACAAAGCCAUCUUUAGAGGUAUCAUCAGACGCGGACGACACCCUGCGCAACUUCUGUCGCUGGCAGCAGCAUCUCAACCCGAACGAUGAUGAGAAUCCCCACCACCACGACGUCGCCAUCCUCAUCACCAGGCAGGAUAUCUGCAGCCAGCAUGACGCUCCUUGUAGCACCCUGGGCGUGGCUCACGUGGCUGGCAUGUGCAAGCCCGACAGAAGCUGCUCCGUCAACGAAGACAACGGCAUUAUGUUGGCUCACACCAUCACGCACGAGUUAGGACACAACUUUGGGCUGUACCACGACACAGAGAAGAUCGGUUGCCAUCGCCGGGAAGGCACCACACUACACAUCAUGACACCCAUCUUCGAGGCAGACACCCGCCAGGUCGCGUGGUCGCGUUGCAGCAAACGGGACGUCACCAAUUUUCUAGAUGCGGGUUUAGGAGAGUGUUUGAGUGACAAGCCGUCACAAGAAGAGUAUUAUCAGUACCCGGCGGACCCAGCUGGGGUGAUAUUUGACGCAGCAACGCAAUGUCUCCUGCAGUUCGGAUCCGAAGCGGUAGUUUGCGCCAAGCCUGAGGAAUUGUGCGAGCAUCUAUGGUGUUUCGUCAACGAUUCUUGUAAAACUAUGCUACGGCCAGCUGCUCCUGGAACUACGUGUGGACCAAAUAUGUGGUGUCAAAACCAAACAUGCGUUCCUCGCACCCCGUCUCCCGCGCCCCGCGAUGGUGGGUGGGGUGAGUGGAGUGAAUGGAGCGAAUGUUCGAGAACUUGCGGCGCGGGCGUCUCUACGCAGUCCCGGCAGUGUAACAACCCUGAGCCAAUCAACAAUGGCGCUUACUGCAUUGGUGAUAGGAGCCGGUAUAGAAUAUGCAACACAGACCCAUGCCCCAUCAACGAGCCUUCAUUCCGUGAAUAUCAAUGCUCCAAAUACAACAACCUCACUUACAAAAACGUCACCGUCGCAGAGUGGAUACCUUACUUCGAUCAAGAUAAGCCAUGUGAGCUGAAAUGCGUUUCGCGUGAGGAGAACGAUUUAUUCGACGACCCAAUGUCAGAGGGAUUUGCAGCAGAUGGCACGCCCUGCCGACAAAACCCCGGAGCUAGAGAUAUGUGCAUUUCUGGCGUCUGCUACAAAGUGGGUUGCGACUGGAAGGUGGACUCUGACCUUGAGGACGACGUGUGCGGGGUGUGCGGGGGGAACGGCACCAAGUGCAAGACUGUGCAGGGCAUCUACAACAAGGGCACCACCAGGCACGCCGGCCUCAGCGAAGUAGCAGUAAUACCAGCAGGAUCAAGAAAUGUGAAAAUCGAAGAAAAAGUUAGCCCCGGGAAUUAUAUUUCGAUUGGCAGUGCGACUUCAAGAAAGCUGUAUUUGACGGGAGCAAGAAAUGCCACGCUGACUGAACAUUUUGUGGCCGGAUCACAAGCUAUCUACGAACGAGACCGUGAUUGGGAGAAAGUACGAAUACAAGGGCCUAUUAGAGAAGACAUCAAAGUUUAUCAAAGAAUCUGCCGCGGCAAGCACCGCAACCCUGGCGUGACGUAUCAGUACACUGUGGACCGACAGCGGCAGUAUCUGUACCGAGUCACCGACUGGUCGCCAUGCAACGUCUCGUGCGGCGUCGGGUACAUGAGCAGGCACUUCGAGUGCGUAGACCAGGACAGCCAUCCCACUGAAAUGUCGAAGUGCUACCACAUGGAACCGCCGCGGAACGAGGCCCUGAUGCAGCAGUGCAGACGACCAGAGUGUCCCUCUUCGCAACCUCAGAGCCCUGAAGCACCACCCUCCGCUUUAAACACCGCACCCUCCUACGUUUCCCAUGCCUAUUACACCCAUGUCCCACCUCAUCCGAGUCAAUACGCCCGGCGAGUAGCGAUGCAGUCGUAUUCCCCACCGGCCCGCACGCAAAGUCCGCAAGCAUUCCAUUCCCAUCAACUGCGAGGCCGGCCCCAUCCGAAAGACCAUUCCAGAAGCGACCACCCGUCGCGAUCACGGUACGACUGGCUCGUGUAUUCGUGGAAACCCUGCCCGAAACCUUGUCAUAUGCCUGGCGAUGAUGUAAUAAAACAGCGCGCCGUGUACUGCGUUGACAAAGUGGCUAACAGCGUAGUGAACGAAUCGUAUUGCGACCAGACCUCGAGACCCCGCAGCACCACAAAAUGUCGAAAUAUUCCCCCUUGCUAAAUACGAAGCAAAACUUAAACUUUCCUGGAAUUGAAUAAUACUUCCGACUAACGGAAACAAAUGAGAAACGCGAGGUCGUAUUUUGAAAACAAUGAAAAGUCGAGAGAAUAACGACCAACGUUGAAAUCAUUGUAAAUAUUGAUUGAAUGUUAGAGCGAUAUUUUUAUUUUCAGAAGUAAUAAAGGAAGUAAAUAGGAGACCAAUUCGAACCUCUGAAGUUAGCCCAGGGAGCGUCACACAUAAGUCAAUUUGUCUCUAUAUUGCAUUUUGAUAUUAGAAUGCACUUUUAUUUUUAUAAACGGGAUUCGAGCUUAGGUAAAAAAGCAGUUGGUAAUUAUUAAUUUUGAUUUGUAAAUAAUAUUGAAUACUAUGGCGCAUUCACAACAUUAUAUUGAGACAAAUUUUACUAAUAAAAUACUAUAUAAAAUAAAUAAUCCUAAAGCUAACUUCAGCGAUCUGAAAGGUUGACGUGUAGUUACUUACAUAAAACAUGUAAUAAAUAGAUCAACUACACUUAUUAACGUGCUAUAUAUUGUUUAUUCCGAAAGGUGAAGCGUGAGUCUAUGGAAUUCAGUGGUUUGUGUUUGUUACGUUUGUAAGAUAUAUCCCAACGAAUAGACAUAAUUUAGUAUGUCUAAGUAAGUACUCUCACUGAAGCGUCUUAUUUACUCGAAUAGAACUUAUUUGCGACGAACGCAAAUCUUUGCUUACCACAUACUGCCAUAUUAAAAUUAAGUUAAUUUUAGUAACUAAGUCUUCGCUUAGCAAUAACCGCUAUUACUUAAAUACGUAAUAUUUUAUUACAUUGUAUAACGUCAGUAUUAAAAUGAUGUAUGUAUUUUUCUUUUUACAUUUUAAUAUGGAAGUUUUAAUGUAGAUUAUAUAAAAAAAAUUGGACCAAAAAUAUAUUAGAAUUCAAUUUACAAUGCCAUACUAAUGGAUAUCUCCUUACUGCCAAUAUAUUUGUAUGAUACGUGUAAGUUUUAAGCUUAUUAUAACCUAACUAAUUGGAAUUCAUAUUAUUUCUGUGACAGAACUUAUAAUUUCAAUAAGGUUUAGGUACUUGCACAAUAUGUUCAUAGCUGCAAAGAAAUGCCUAGUCAAAAUCUUUAUGGAUGACCAGAUAAUUGAGAUGGUAGUAUCAUGAUGUAGUAUAAUCUAAUUUUAUUUUGGGCCGCGUAUAAAAAGCUAGGUGAAUAUUAUUUAUUAAGCUGCAAACUAGUCUUACUUGUAGCACCAGCUGCGGUAUAACGGUGAUAAGUGAUAAUUACAGCCAUCGUACUUUGCACUUGUGCUUUUAAUGUUUUAUUAUUUUAUUUUAUUUUGUGUCUACUUUUAUGGCAUUCGCGGAAGACCAGCGUCGUGGCUCACACCAUGACAUCAUGCUGAGCCAUUUUAGUAAAAUAUUUUUAUAUCUACUAUUACACGUCCAGAGUUAUCAUAUUUGUUUUUGUGCUAAAUAAACGUUUUUUCUUUCUUAGGUGUGUUCGAUUUUAGUGAAUUUAUUGUGUACAUGAUACCUAUACCAAGAGAACAUUGCACUAGUGAUAAAAUAUCUAAUUGUCCGACUUGUCAACUUAUUAUAGGAUUUAUUAAAGUUAAGGGACAAUAAGAUUAUAUUUAAACGCAUAAUUUAAAUAUUCUAUGUAUAUUAUUUAGAUAUAAUUUAGAUAAUGUAAAAUGAAAAGGAGAACAUGUCCAAUGUUAAAAGCUAAUUAGGAGGGGGUUAGCGAUUUUUUUUGUUUAGUUAUUUAAUUUGAAAGCUAAUUAGAGGGGGUUAGCGAUUUCUUUUUAUGUCUAGUUAUUUAAUUUGAUCAAAAUGUGUAAAGUACACAAUGCCCCUAAUCGUACUUAUUGUUUUAUUGAACAACAAAAACACUCGCCCUCUUAUUUGGUCAUCAAACAUUUUUUUAAGAUCUGCCUAUUCAUAAUAAAUAAUAAUUGAUACACAAUUUUAAUUUAAAAAUAGCUUUAAGUGUAUAAAAUAUUAACUCUCAGUGAAAAAAUGUUUCAAGACUUGUUACAUUAUUUGUAAAAAGUCACAUAUUAUUGCGAAUGUAAUGUGUACAUUAUAAAUAUCACAUUGAUGUUUUAAUUUUAAUUGUGUAUGUAAUUAUGUAUUGAAAUUAAAACGUACAUUGUUU